GCCCGCGACUUCGUCCGCGUGGUUGUGUUGUUAGUGGUUGGUGGUCAAAAUGGUGCCGUAUGUCAUGUAAAUUGUGAAUUUCUUGAGAAUAUAUGAUACGAUUCAUUUAAUACAUUUUUAUAUACAACAUUUUUUUUUGCAUUUUUUGCUAGAAUAUAAAGAUUUUGCGAGUUUGAUACUCGCGAACACGCCACAUAAAGUUGCCCAUGGGAAAAACAGUUUCUUUCUAAAUGUACACCAGCUACUUUCAGCGUCUGUCCUUGAGAUCUAUUUAUUGUCAUAGCAAUUGCGGCUUUCAUGGGAAACUGUACCCUUUUGAACUGAAAUGGCAUAUCGGUAGGAAUGAUUAGAAUAUAUUCCUAUCUAGUCUAGUCUAAAUACAAAGUUUCACUGUUAGAAUUUUAAAAAUGAGGAAUUUACAUAUGAAAAGUCAUCUCCUCUUUUUACCUAUUCUCCCCAAUUUUUUUUCCAAUAAAAAGUAGCCUAUGUUUUUUUUCUCUGUGUAGGUGUAGCUAGUCCUCAAUAUAAGGCAUUAGGUCUUCAUACCCACUUGCAACCUGUAGUGAUUGUUGAGAGACUCCGUGAAACAAACCCGUGUAGAGACGAAUUGGAAAUGGUCACUAAACCUCGUGAACUUGUUAUGGCCGAGACAGAUGGUGCCCUUUCUGUGGGCAAUGAAUAUAAUAAAACAGAUACGCAGCUGCGGCUAGGGGGAAGUUCUAUAAGCAAUAUGUCGUCUAGUGCUGAUGAUGUAAAUUUCGGUAAUGAAGGAGAUAAACACUACACAAAUGGCUCUAUCGUUGAAGAAAGUGAUGGAUCUUGUCCUCUUGUAGACGACCUAACCUUAAAGAGCCUGAUUCAAUCUAAAAACGACGACCAGGGCCCUAAGACUAAUGAACAACAUAAGUCAAAUAAAGAUGUCAAUGUCUCAGAGCCUUGCACUGCGGGCAAAGAGUCUAGCGGGAAGAGUAAACAACUUAUUAAGGAGUCUAGUACUAAAGGCAAAUCAAACAUUAAAGGAAAAGCCAAUACUAAAGGAAAAUCCUGUACUAAACAUAAAAUCAGUAAAAAAGGUAAAGGAUUCCGUGCUGAGGGUAAUGGCGUUAGUGAAGUAUUGAGUAAUACAUGGAAACAGCCCAGAAUUAAUGACGAUAAGUCAUUGGCCUCUGUCCUGCGGGCCUUGCAAAAGACGAAAGAUCAAACUGCACAGACUAAACAUGUAAUGUCUUUGCGCCAACGGCGUUUAAAUAACGGUAAGGUCUGCGCAACUACCGCCAAAAAGUUACAAACAGUGAAAGGUAAAAACAUGUCAAUGAAUAAAAAGAAAACGGAUUCUUCUAAACGACAUUCUCCAUCAUCAGAAUUCUCGAUCGAUGAUAAUCGACCACUGACAUACUACAUCCAGAAUAACAAAACCAGUAAGAAGUCACCAAAUAAGCGAAGCCAUACUGUUGACCCUUCUACUCCAGAUAUGCUACUUGCUGCACCCAGUCCUCCAAAGAAGAUCAUAAUAGACCCUGAUGUGUCACCACCCCUGCCAGAUCCAAUACCGAAACGGUUACAAAUCCAUCCGGCAGAACCUGUCGCUGGACCUAGUGGACUACAAAAUACUGUGUUAGAGCCUGUGGCCGCACCUAGUGGACCACAAAGGGUAACAUCGGCAUCAGUGGCAGGACCUAGUAGACUACAAAGGGUAACCACGGCACCAGUGGCUGGACCUAGUGGACUACAAAGGGUAACCACGGCACCAGUGGCUGGACCUAGUGGACUACAAAGGGUAACCACGGCACCAGUGGCUGGACCUAGUGGACUACAAAGGGUAACAUCGCCACCAGUAACGAAGCCUAGUGGGCUACAAAAGGUAACAUUGAUACCAGCGGCUGGAUCUAGUGGACUAAAAAGGGUAACCUCGGAUGCGAUAUCGAGACCUAGUGGACCACAAAGGGUGACAUCGGCAUCAGUAGCGAAGCCUGGUGGAUUACAAAAGGUAACAUUGACACCAGUGGCUGGACCUAGUGGACUACAAAGGGUAACAUCGGCGCCAGUGGCCGGGCCUAGUGGGUUACAAAGGGUGGUCAUGGAGCCGGUAGCGGGACCUAGUGGGCUUCAAAAGGUAACAUCGACCCCAGUGGCGGGACCUAGUGGACUACAAAAAAGAGGGUUACAGAGUUCUGGAGCCCCUAGGCAAGUACCACGAUCUGGAGCAGAAAUUUGCUUGUCGGCAAAAUGGAGAACUGUACAACAAGUCAUUAAUGCCCCUAAAGAACAAAUGGACACUCGCUGUAACACAUGCGUUGCUUGUUCAAGAAUAGAUAAACUAAAACAAUUAUCGAAAUUACUUUAUCGAUUUGAUUUAACUGGCACCAAUCAAACAUCCGCAAAAUUUGAACCUGAAAAUGAUGAAGUAUACGAUAAUGAGGAACACAAGUCGCCAGAAACAGAUACGGGCCAUAUAUAUCUGGACCUGCUUCCGAAACAUCCGCGUCUCAUGAUGAAGCUCCGCAUACACGAGGUCCACGGAAAACAACUUCUAUCGGCGUGCCUGAUACCAAAGAAUGAUGCCCGUAAAAAUAAUGAGGAUUUCUUGCUUGAAGAGAAGGAACAUCUAUUAGACCAACUAAUAAACACUCUAUCUAUAAGUUUACCGAGUGAAAUGUUAAAAUAUGAACCUUUAAAUGUAAAUACAUUUGAAAGACUUCAAAGUAUAAUAUCUAAUCUGGAUCAUGAAAACACCCCUGCACGUGCACAUCCUGCUGAGCAACCCCGCGCUAACGUUGAGGCAUCCUGUGCUAAUGUCGAGGUCCCCCAAGCCAACGCUGAAGCACGCCGCGCUAACGUUGAGGCACUCCAACCCCAAGCUAGCGUUGAAAUGCCCCGAGCUAGCGUUGCGGCAACCCAAGCCACUGUUCAGAGUCGGAUUGUUGAGCGCCACACGCUAAACAACGUUUACGAAGAGGGCGACGACGCCGACAUCGAAGCCAAUUCCGAAAAUGAAGUAGAGGAUGACGACUACGCCCGCAGAGGAAGGGAUGAACGGAUUAGUGACGAUGACUUAAACGAAUCUAGCGCAGACACUACUCAGACGCAUGCUGUAGGCGGCGUAUUGCACGAAGGUCCAGUAUUUAGACCCACAAAGGAAGAGUUCCAAAAUCCUUUGGAGUAUUUUAUGAAGAUAUGUGACGAAGCGAGUGAAUUUGGCAUUUGUAAAAUAAUUCCACCUCCAGGAUGGAGACCGAAGAGUCAGAGUUGUGAUGGAAUAAGGUUUGAUGUCGCGAAACAGUACGUCUCUCGUAUGUACAACAGAUGGGGUACAGCAAUGCGAGAAUUGGCUUGUAUAAAGUUUUGUGCAUCGCGCUCAAAUGGCUUUCCUUGUAGCACACCGACGAUUGGAGGUAUGGAAGUUAAUUUGCCUAAGUUAUACCACAGCGUGCAACGACACGGUGGAUUAGAACUUGUACUUAAUAAGAAACGUUGGGUGAAAAUUGGGCGCGACAUGAACUUGAGUGUAAACUUUCUAAAUAGACUGGACCAUCUCUACUCGAAGUACCUUCUACCCUAUGAUUCUCUUUCGCCAACCGAAAGACGGGAAAUCUUUGGUAUGAUCGAAAAGGCAUGGACUCGGAAAAACCAAAGGCUGUUGGACCGGGCACUGAACCCCUUGCGUGCACAGAGACGUCUGAUGGGAUUGACUGAUACUGAAGAAGAACCUGAGGAACAUUCUCCGGAAAUGAAUGCUGUCAAAGAGGCAGAAGACUGCAUCGUGCGAGGCCCAAUUAUGAACUACUCUAGGUUUAAAGAGCUCGCCGAGUCUACGUACAGUAUCGUUUAUGGUUAUGGAAUCACUCGAGAGAACAACCCAUUGAGUCUCGAUCAGAAAGAAGAGUUGUACUGGCGCUACGUGGUUCAGGGCAACGAGCACGUAUGUGUCGCCACCGCCGCCAUUGAUACAGGCUCCGACCCCUCGCGAGGAAACAGCCGCACGUUAACCUUGAAGGAUAUUAGCCAGAAUAAAGACAAUAUCCUCCGCUUUCUGGGUCCUGUGUCCGGCUUAACUGCACCCACCUUAAACUUGGGGAUGGCAUUCUCAACAAACUGCUUCUACUUGGACCCUCAUGCUGUCUCGUGGUUGGACUUAUUGUAUAAAGGGGAUCCGAGGGUCUGGUAUGCGAUUCCAGCCAAGCAGAGUGAGAACUUCAGGAAGGCAGUGAGCACUCUCUGUCCCUCAUUUUGUCAAAGGAAAUCUCUGUGGCUCUCAACGGAUAUAGCUAUGAUACCGCCCCAGCUUCUGCGGGAGUACAACGUGUCGGUGACGCGGGUCGUACAGGAGGAAAAUGAGAUAAUAUUGGCUUUUCCCUAUUGUUACACCUCGUCUAUAAACACGGGCUAUUCUGAAUCAGAGAGCAUUUAUUUCGCACCGGUUUCCUGGUUACGUACUGCCUACGAAGUGUUCAAGGAGGCUCGAAUUAACUGUGAGCCUACAAUGUUUUCUCUCGAAGAGCUGCUAUUGCGGAUAGGCAAAGCGAGUGGUGUGGACAGGGCCACUCUCAGGGCUGCACAACCGAUUUACGAUAAAGUUCUGAGAGAUGAGAUCACAAACAGGCUAAUCUUGCAAGAAAGAGGCAUGAAAAUCGUGCACCAGCCCGACAUUCCGAAACCGAAAAAUACUGGUCGUCGCAGAAGACGAAACAGAACAUUCAUUCAAGAGGAAUGUGAAUACUGUAGAGCCACGCUGUUCUUCUCUAAGGUGGUCGGCUUAGUGCGUAACUCAUAUCUGUGUUUAGAACACGCACUGAAGUUACUAACCAUUAAGAAGAUGCCCAUAACUGAAGACAUGCAGAUUAUUACGAAGGUAACAAUCGAAGAACUAAAUAACAUCAACGACGACAUGAAAAGACGAAUCGAAAAUGACGAGGAGUCGGAGCCAGAAGUCUACGGUGAUUGAACUGUUACUGGAUAAUUCAAUCCAACUCGGGAUACUUGCGCGCGAAUGUUCGCAUUUAUUGCUGGUCUUCAUACCCACUUGCAACCUGUAGUGAUUGUUGAGAGACUCCGUGAAACAAACCCGUGUAGAGACGAAUUGGAAAUGGUCACUAAAUCUCGUGAACUUGUUAUGGCCGAGACAGAUGGUGCCCUUUCUGUAGGCAAUGAAUAUAAU